AUGGCCAUCACUGUUGAUGUUGAAGCGACGAUGGGAGCCCAGACGUUUGGCACGGCCGUCUACUCCCUCGAAAUACCAAGUAUCUACUUUGGCAUCACAAUUGGUCUCACAAUACUCAUUGCAGUAAAAGCCUCACAGCAGACAGUUUCUAUCUACAUGAAAACGAACUCAUUCUUCAACCUUUAUGUGUGGAUGAUAUGGGUCCUACUUAUUGCCAAUCUGCUCCAAGCCAUCAUCAACUGGCUGUUCAUUCGAGGUGAUCUGUUAGGAACCUUUGGCUUCUUCUUUGGAAGUUGCAUUUUAUGGACGUUGCAGACGCAGCUAGCCCUCCAAAUCAUCGCAAAUCGCCUGGGCCUCGUCAUAAUUGACAAAAGCAGAGUGAAAGUCAUGAAGAUCUCCUUGCUCGUCAUAGUCGGCAUCAUCAAUAUCUCGGUUGCCUGCAUAUGGAUCCCAGCGCGCUUGACACAAAAGGAACCAUUUGUGCGCAUCAAUGAGAUCUGGGAUCGCAUGGAAAAGAUCAUCUAUCUAAUCGUGGAUCUUACUCUGAAUGCAAUUUUCCUCCGCAAAGUGCGACGGGAAUUGAUUGCCGGAGGUCUCACAAAGUAUUGGCUAUUGUUCAACUGCAAUGUCGCAGCCGUUUCAGUCUCUUUGUCCAUGGAUAUUCUCAUCAUCGUUAUGAUGUCUCUUCCCAACCCUUUUCUUUACGCCAUUACUCAUCCAGUCGCAUACAGUGUCAAACUUGUGAUUGAGAUGCUGAUGGCGGAUCUGAUCUCAACUAUCGCCCGACAACCACACCAGCUUCUUAGCCGCUCGGAUGUUUAA